AGGUUAUCGGGAGCGUUUAACCAGGCUCACCUCCUAACUCGCUGUUUGCACUGGAGAGGCAUAUUGACAUGAAAACUAUGGCGGCCAUCAGGAAGAAGCUGGUGAUCGUGGGAGACGGUGCCUGCGGAAAGACGUGUCUGCUGAUCGUGUUCAGCAAGGACCAGUUCCCCGAGGUCUACGUACCGACUGUCUUCGAGAACUACAUUGCUGACAUAGAGGUAGACGGGAAGCAGGUGGAGCUGGCCCUGUGGGACACGGCGGGACAGGAGGACUACGACAGGCUGCGGCCCCUCUCCUACCCGGACACAGAUGUUAUCCUCAUGUGCUUUUCUAUCGACAGCCCGGAUAGCCUCGAGAACAUCCCCGAGAAGUGGACGCCGGAGGUGAAGCAUUUCUGCCCCAACGUGCCCAUCAUCCUGGUGGGGAACAAGAAGGACCUGCGGAACGAUGAGCACACGCGGCGGGAGCUGGCAAAGAUGAAGCAGGAGCCGGUGAAGCCAGAGGAGGGGAGGGACAUGGCCAACAGGAUCAACGCCUUCGGCUACCUCGAGUGCUCGGCCAAGACGAAGGAGGGCGUGCGGGAGGUCUUCGAGAUGGCCACCCGCGCGGGGCUGCAGGUCCGCAAGAACAAGAAGCGCAGAGGCUGCCCGCUGCUGUGAGCAGCCCGGUGGGCCAGGAGGCUGCUGCCUGUGCCAGCCCCCGGCUGCCCGGCGAGGGAGCGCUGGCUGAAGCGGGACCUCAUGGUGCCGGUACCCUCCCCGAGCCCUCCGCACAAGAGCUGCCACCCAAGCCCCGGGGUUGUCCCUGUGUGACCCCGGGGCCGUGAGGGGCCAGUGCCUUCAGUCCCCACUGCUCGCUAUGGGCCGGGCGUUUGUCUAGCGCUCCGUGUCACCCCCUUUUGUACCAGUCUCCCUGGUUUUGCCUCUCCCAUGGGGAUGCCACGGCGUUCGCUCUCCCUCUCCAGCUCCGGGCAGGUGCCGCAGAAGCAGGAGGUGCCGCACACCAGCGUUUUAUACAGA